UUCUUUUAACUUGUUGCUUAAGUUGACGCUAGCUGAAAAGGAAAGCUUCAGCAACUUUUCAAGCCUAUAGCAUAAGGAAAUUCAAGGAAUAGAAAAAGAAAAUGGCGAGAUACGACAGAGCGAUCACGGUGUUCUCGCCGGACGGCCAUUUGUUCCAAGUGGAAUAUGCCCUCGAAGCUGUCCGUAAAGGAAACGCCGCCGUCGGUGUCCGUGGCACCGAUAUCGUUGUCCUUGGCGUCGAGAAAAAAUCCACCGCCAAGCUCCAGGACUCCAGAUCGGUUAGGAAGAUUGUGAACUUGGAUGAUCACAUUGCAUUGGCAUGUGCUGGACUCAAAGCAGAUGCCCGUGUCCUCAUAAAUAGGGCUCGGAUUGAAUGUCAAAGCCACAGGCUGACUGUUGAAGAUCCAGUUACCGUCGAGUAUAUUACUCGUUACAUUGCGGGACUUCAGCAGAAAUACACUCAAAGUGGAGGUGUUAGGCCAUUUGGUCUCUCGACUCUGAUUGUGGGCUUUGAUCCUUAUAGUGGUGUACCAUCACUAUAUCAGACAGAUCCAUCAGGGACAUUUUCCGCCUGGAAAGCUAAUGCAACUGGGAGAAACUCUAACUCAAUACGAGAGUUUCUGGAGAAGAACUAUAAGGAAACCUCUGGACGAGAAACCAUUAAGCUUGCAAUUCGUGCCUUGCUUGAGGUUGUUGAGAGUGGGGGAAAGAACAUUGAAGUUGCUGUGAUGACAAAAGAGAAUGGUCUGCGUCAGCUUGAUGAAGCUGAGAUUGAUGCUAUUGCAGCUGAGAUUGAAGCGGAGAAGGAAGCAGCUGAGGCUGCAAAGAAGGCCCCUCCAAAGGAAACAUGAAGCAUCAACUGUUGACUUCCUUUUCCUUCUCUCCUUUUGUUCUUUUUCUUUUUAGGGUGUUUUGUAGCAUUCGACUAUUGAUGUAUUCUGCGCCCCUUGGAGGCUGGAGCUUCAUUAUACAUAUCAUAGUUGUAUUUACCUUUGUUGACAUUUUGUAUGCUUUUACGUAUUUCAAUGAUGAAUUUCAACAGUUCCCAGAGGUUGAAGCUAUUUCUGCAAAUGUUUUGAAAUUAUCGUGGUAGAAAAAAUGAAGUAAAACAUCCAAUUACUUAAUAUGCACAAG